AUGCCUGACAAGUUGGCUUUAGCCAGAAUCAACGCGGCAGAUGACUUACUGUCUCAAGCCAUCAAGGCGAAGAGCAUCAGAAUCGCAUCCCGUAAUUCGCAGAUCUUUGAGAAACAUUCCGCCCACCCUUACCCACUCGUCACCCCUCAAAAUGUGACGGAUCUUGUGCUUGGGCAGAAGCUACAGAGCCUUGGGGUUCCAGUGCAGCGUCCAUACAGGGUAGUUGGAAUGAAACAGAGUGAGAAGGAUCCUCGCAUUACUGAUGUCUACUUUGAGGACGGUCAAGUCAUCAAAGCUAGAUAUAUCAUCGACGCAGAUGGUGCCCACUCAGUGACCCGUACCAUUGCUGGAAUAGGGUUCUCUGACCCAGAAGGCCCAAACCGAGUCGAUCACGUACUUGCUCAGAUGGUCGCUGCAGAUGUUACAUUCGAGCCCGAACCUGUCGGGUCACUGACCCUCAAGGGCCACCUCAAUGGCACAAUCUCCUCGGACAGCUUCUUCAUGCUUAUGCUAUUCGGCAACCACUUCAAUGCGGAGCUGACGCGAGAUGGAAACCCCACCAGAAACUCCAUCUUCCGUGUAAGUUGCGCCAUACCAGCGAAAAAUGGAAAGCCGCCCCAUGCACCAACGAAGGAGUAUAUCCAGAACGUGAUCAACACAUACGGUCCAGCGUAUCGACCAGCUGGUCUGGUUUUCAAAACCCAUUCAGCCAUCGCUGGCCGCACAUUCACGCGUCUUGGCGCUGCUAUUUUCCUAGUCGGUGAUGCAGCCCAUGUACAUUCACCGGCGGGCGGCCAAGGCAUGAACCUGAGCAUCAGGGACGCGAUCUUCCUUGCAGAAGCCGUUACAAAGCAUAUUAAAGCCUCUGCAGAAAAUCCCGAUGUGGAUGAUACCACUUUGCAGGAAUUUGCGGAAGCGCGUCGCGCUGGAAACCAUCGACCUCACCAAGAAAUUCCUGAAACCCGCAAGCCUUACGUCCAUAUGCUUGGUGGAUGCCGUUCAGCUGGGCCGCUAUCCGCGAUCUGAUGCUAAGAAAGUUGGGCAAAUUUUGAUUUCGUGCAGGCGGAGGUUGUAUGGGGCAUGAGUGGGCUUGGAAGACGUUAAUCGCGUACUUCCCAUUUAUUUCUAUGCCGUAGACAUGUCAUUCCCUUGUCUGUCUUCGAAAUAGGAUAAAGGCGUGAAAUCAUCCCAUAUAUGUGGCGCACUGGCGAUGACUUGUAACAGCGGUUAACUUGCAAGCGGACCACGUUGUAUCUCGUCGUGUGCCUGUACACCAUCACCAGCAAAAGGAUGAAUGUGGUUGGUCUCUCAAAGGACGCCACUGAUAUGAUGCGAGCGAGAGCGCGGCCGGCUACUUUCAUUCGCCGUUUUUUGGAGGCAGAAGAAUACGACAGAAAUAUGUGUGAUGCUAAGAGCAGCGACCUUCACACCGCGGGAGUGACCACUGACAUCGGGUAUGUCCCGCGACAGGAAAAUGAUGUCGAACGUGCAAGUGCGGUGCCGUUGAC